AUGCUUUACAUGAUAUUUCUCAUCCUUGCUUAUGUGAUAUCCAUUGCUUUUGUUGAUGCCGGCGAUGAUGCCUAUCUGGCACCUUUAAUCUUGGCCCCAAGACACGAAAUUGGGAUGUUCGGGGGCCACAUGUCUCAAACGUUCAACAACAGAUACAUUGUGCAUCUAAAUCGCGAAAGUACUUUUGGAUUUUCGCCGCGUUCAUCGAUGGCAGUUCUGGAGGCCCAUCGACAAAUGCUGCUCCAGGAGCUCUCCAUGCCAGGCUCAAAAUCAUCCUUGGAUCAUACCUAUGACUUUGAUAGCUUUAUUGGAUAUUCCGGGAUAUUUGAAUCCGACUUGUUGAUCAAGAUCCGAAAGGAUCCGGCAGUAAAACUGGUGGAACAGGAUCAAGUUAUGUUUGCCUUUCCCGACACUUCUUCAGAACUCUUUUUCGACAAGGAUACCUUUUCCGCAACAAAGCAGCUGCUUUCGCUGACUCCCCUUGACCAAUCCUUGUCUCUUGUCAACGAUAUCGUCAAGAUGUUCAAAAAAAAGCGGCAUUUGAAACUCAAAGGAAACCACGACUUUUUGUCGGAAUCCUCGCUUUACAAAAGUGAUUAUGCAAGCAGACGCCCAAAGGGCUCAAAGUGCCUUGGGCAGGAUAAUGCUCCAUGGGGCCUCUCAAGAGUUUCCUAUAAUCCGACCUAUGAUAACGAUUUUAUCAACAACGGCACAUACUGGUAUCCAAAGUCUGCCGGCUCCAAUGUCAACGUGUACAUUGUUGACACUGGCAUCAAUGUUGAUCACGAAGAUUUCAAAGGCCGAGCGCGUUGGGGCAUUACCAUCCCGCAAUUUGAUCUGGACACUGAUGGCAGUGGACACGGCACUCACUGUGCCGGGAUUGUGGGUGGCGACACUUAUGGCGUUGCAAAAAACGCCACAUUGGUUGCCGUAAAGGUAUUAAGAACGAAUGGAUUUGGAACCAAUGCUGAUGUCAUCAAGGGCGUUGAAUGGGUCUUUAACCAGCAUCGCAUUUCUCAAAGGUCUGGAAGCCGAUCCGUCAUCAAUCUUUCCCUUGGUGGCGGUCGUUCAAUUGCUCUUGAAAAGGCUAUCGAGGCAUGCAUUGACUCGGGAGUUCAUGUUGCCGUUGCUGCGGGAAACGACAAUCGGGACGCGUGCAACUAUUCCCCUGCAGCCACGAAAAAGGCAAUCACCGUUGGCGCAUCGACAAAAAAGGAUAAAAUGGCCUACUUUUCAAACAUUGGGCCAUGUGUCGACAUCUUUGCCCCUGGAAUGGACAUCACCUCGGCAUGGAUUGGAUCGCCUACGGCGAUCAACACCAUUUCCGGCACUUCGAUGGCUUCUCCUCACGUGGCAGGUGUGCUGGCCCUGCAUCUGGGCGAGAAAGCUUAUCACCCUCAGGAGCUGAAAGAUCUAUUAUUGAAAACGGCCAACAAUGGAUUGCUAAAGCUGCUACCGCCAGAUACCGCCAACAAACUUCUGUCCACAGAUGCACUACUUACGGACGUUGAAUUUUCCGCUCAAACUUUGGAAAACUCUGUGGAUGACCUCUAUGCAUCACUAUACUAG